AUGGCCUUGUCGAACCUGCAGAAGAGAGUAGGCCAGCUGUUCGCGGUCGGCUUCCAAGGCCACACGCUGAGCCCCGAGAUCAAGACAUUGAUUCGCGACUUUGGCGUAGGAGGAAUUGUCCUUUUCAGCCGCAACUUUUCAGAUGCCGCCCAGCUUCAGGCAUUGACCUUGGCGCUUCAGAAUGAAGCCCGUCAGGCUGGACAUGAGCGACCUUUAUUGAUCGGUAUUGAUCAGGAGAAUGGACUGGUGACCCGCAUUUCGCCUCCCAUCGCUGCCCAGGUUCCUGGUCCGAUGGCUCUCGGUGCCACCCACGAUCCAGAGUUCGCUUACCAGGCCGGCAAGUCCACUGGCGAGAUCCUAGGGUUCUUCGGAAUCAACAUGAACUACGGCCCAGUGUGUGAUGUCAACUCCGAGCCAUUGAAUCCUGUUAUUGGCGUCCGUAGCCCUGGAGAUGACCCGGAAUUCGUGGGACGAUUCGCGAGCGCGACCUUGCGCGGUCUCAGAGAGCUAAACAUCAUUCCGAGCGUGAAGCAUUUCCCUGGCCAUGGCGAUACUGCAGUUGAUUCGCACUACGGGCUUCCGGUUAUCUCGAAAGGGAGGGAUGAAUUGGAACGAUUGGAGCUCAUUCCAUUCCGUCGAGCUGUCGCUGAAGGAGUGGAGACUGUCAUGACGGCACACAUCUCUCUCCCCGAGAUCGAUGACACACUUCCCGCGACGCUGUCACCGAAGGUCCUGGGAAUUCUGCGCAAAGACAUGGCCUACGACGGGAUGAUCAUCACUGAUUGUCUCGAGAUGGACGGGAUUCGUGCCACAUAUGGUACCGAGCAAGGCGCCGUAUUGGCCAUACAAGCUGGAAGUGACUCGUGUAUGAUCUGUCACACAUUCGAGAGACAGACAGGUGCUAUCCAGAAGAUCUGUGAAGCGGUUGAGUCUGGUGCGAUUGACAAGUCUCGACUAGAAGAGGCCUAUCGUCGAGUGACAUCUGUGAAAGAACGUCUGAACUGGAAUACUGCUUUGCGCCAGAAUGAUCUUGCGACACUUGAGAGGAUCAACAAGAGAAUAUCUGCUUCAUCUUAUGAGGCGUAUGCACGUUCUGUCACACUUGUGCGAGAAAAAUGUGGUGCUCUUCCUCUGUCAAAAACUUCCAACAUUGUGGUUCUUUUCCCUGGAGACGGAACUCCGGCCGGUGGCGCGGUUGACGGCGAAGGGAUGGGCAGACAGGGAUCCUACGAGGUGACCCCGUAUCUCGAAGCUAUUCGAGCCCAUAAUCCAUCUGCUACCGAGCUCAAAUAUGGAGAGGCUGGUCUUUCUGCCGAGCAGUGCAGCAUUGUCAAGGAUGCUGACGCUGUGGUAUUCAUUUCGCUCAAUGCACGUGAAUCUCCUUACCAAAAAAAGCUGGGACAUACACUCCCUGGGCUCGCUCGCACGUUGAUAACUAUUGCUGCAUGCAAUCCCUACGAUUUUCUUGAAGUUUCAGAUAUCGAGACAUAUCUCACCACCUACGAGCCAACCAUCGAAGCUUUUACGGUCGCCGCUGACAUUAUAUUCGGCAAGAGUGUUGCCAGGGGAUCUUUGCAUGUGGGCCCUACAGUAUCCAGAACUACCAAUGUCACCGUGGGGCCAUAUGAUGCGGGAAAAGACGUUGAUGGAAUGAUAGAUAUAUGGGUGUCAGCCUUGCCAACCUAUUCGCUACCCCGGGAGAGUUUACGUGCGCUAUUUGUCCGCCACAAUGCGCACCACUUUGUGGCUCGUCUCGAUUCGAAAGUAGUUGGCUUCUGCCUUGCGUAUCUCAAUGCCGAUGGCCCCCCGAAGAUCGUCCACGUUGCCGUACUGGCAGUCACUCUGGAUCACCAGAAUCGAGGAAUUGGGACCUCGCUGUUGACCGAAACUCGUUCUUUCUUCAGAAAGCAAUACGGCAUCGAAAAUUUGAAGCUUGGAUCCUCAUUUCCGCGUUUCUGGCCCGGCGUCCCUAGCGAUCUGGGCGAAGAUGUUCAGAACUUUUUCACUCACCGAGGCUGGCGACUCAGCUCACCCAGUGCUAGAUCGCUUGAUCUCUACCAAGACAUUCGAAACUUCCAAUCGCCUGAAAAAUACAUGUCACGUGCGAAGGAAGGCGGCUUCCGCUUUGCGCCCUUGCAGCCUGAAGAUUACGAGGCGUGUCUGGUGGGACAGAGGAAGAACUUCUCUGAUAAGCAGGGCUGGGUGGAAGCUUUUGUGAAACUGCAUCCUAGCGAAUAUCCAAACAGUGUAAUGGUUGCGUUCGAUUCUCAAAACCAACAGGUCGGUUGGACUUUGAUGCUCAGUGAUCCCUCGGUGAUCAACUAUGUCUGGGCUUUCCCACAGAUGUGCGGCCCCAAUACGGGUCUCAUUGGAUGUGUUGGUGUGAAUGAGGAGCACCGCCGCUACGGAAUUGGAUUGGCGAUGGUUUCUUCUGCUGUUGAGAAUAUGAAACAGCGAGGUGUCGAGGGUGUCUUUGUGGAUUGGGUUGCUCUUGAUGGGUAUUAUGAAAAGGCUGGGUUUGCUACAUGGAGAAGCUACCGACCUGGGGAGAUCUGA